AUGACUGCUCAACCGGAAGAUGCGGCCGCUGUGCUAGAAGCUUUCACACACGAUGAGGAUGAGAUUACUGACUUGAUCCAUGAAGUCGCCAACAUCCCCGCCGAGAUUCACCACAUUAUGGAGGAGAUUCAAGCAAAGGAUAUGCAAAUUGCCCAAUUCAAGUCGGAAAUUGAGAAGCGGGAGGGCCAACUCCAGAAAUGGACUCGAAUGAACGGUGGUCAUGUUCGCAACCCGAAGGAUGAAGCAUUCAGCAAGACCAUCAGGGAGUGUUUCGACAAGUGCGAGAUUCUGCAAGAAGCAAAAUGUGGUCUCGCGCAACGCGCGCAGAUUCUCAUUGACCGUGUAACGAAGAAGCUCGACAGCGGCAUCAAUGCACUUACCGUCAAAGGCGAGUUCCCAGCUGAUUGGGAGGCUCCGCCUUCAUUCAAUCAGCCUCGUACAGGUGCCAAUACUCCAGCUCCCGGCAUCAACACUGCUCUCCCACUCCAAGCUGUUAGCGGCAACAUUGUCAGCACGGGGAGCAUUCCAAACGUCGCCCAGAUGCGCCUCAAUCCAGCAGCAAACCGCAGCUCUCCGGCCGCCGGUGCUAUUGCAGCGUCUGCUCCGCGCUCGUCUCGUGAAAGCAGUUCUGAUCCCAAGCGCCGUCGUCUUGCCGGAUCGUCACUUGCUUCCAUGGCACCUGCUACCUCAUCCGGGCUUCGCCAAUCUUCACUGGGACCUGGAACACCCAAAGCAGGAACGCCGGUCCCCACCGCAUCUCACUCUCGUGCCGGUAGCGUACAGCCAGCUCGACCGGCUGCAUCGGGGCAGAAGAAAGGACCGCUCUCCCAGUCUGCGAAUCCUGCGCGCAAGCCGCCACCCUCCAACUCGCACAAAAAGGGCGGAUCCAGCCGAUCUAACCGUCCAAGCAAGAAAUCCUCAUCCGAUCGCCGACGCCAGCUUGCUCGUGAUCGCACCACGACUCCUUCCACAAACGCAUCGCUAUCCGGCUCUGACGAUGAUGGGUCUGUGUCUCCUUCCUCGGCCAUGGGAACUACACAGCUCGAUGGCAGUGGUGAGGCCGAUGAAAACGACGACGAGACUAUCUACUGUCUCUGCCACAAGGUGUCAUACGGCGAUAUGGUCGGCUGCGAUAACGACGAGUGUCAAUAUCAAUGGUUUCACUACAAGUGCGUCGGUGUGACGGAAGAACCCAAGGGCGAAUGGCUCUGCCCUGUUUGUCGGAACCUGCCGCGCAACAAGCUCCGUAUUAGCAAGGAUUGA